AUUAAUGAUUAGAGAUCGUAUUGUCUCUAACUGUUGUAGAGUUCUAAUCUCUAGAUAAAGUAGAGUUUAUAUCUGAGUGUAUCUUCGUACAUGCCCUGAGGAGGUGGCGUCAGACUUGCCCGGACUAAUAAAUAGACGUCGUGCUGCUAGCGUCUGAUGAAUGAACAGAAACAGACACCACACCGUCUGCAAUAACUCGAGACGAUGGAGCCCUUCACCAGCGCAGCAGUGGAGCCAGCGCCGCCCACCGCCGACGACCAGCGGGACGCGCCGCGGCCGCACGUCGUGCUGUUGGCGAGCCCCGGCGCCGGCCACCUCAUCCCGCUGGCCGAGCUGGCGCGGCGGCUCGCCGACCACCACGGCGUCGCGCCCACGCUCGUCACCUUCGCCGACCUCGACAACCCGGACGCGCGCUCCGCCGUGCUGUCCUCGCUCCCGGCCUCCGUCGCCACCGCCACGCUGCCGGCGGUGCCCCUCGACGACAUCCCCGCCGACGCCGGACUGGAGAGGAUGCUGUUCGAGGUCGUCCACCGCUCCCUCCCGCACCUCCGCGUGCUGCUCCGGUCCAUCGGCUCCACGGCCGCGCUGGUCCCGGACUUCUUCUGCGCCGCUGCGCUGUCCGUCGCCGCCGAGCUCGGAGUCCCGGGCUACAUCUUCUUCCCCACUAGCAUCACCGCGCUGUAUCUCAUGCGCCGCACCGUGGAGCUGCACGACUUUGCUGCCGCCGGCGAGUACCACGCCCUCCCGGACCCUCUCGAGCUUCCCGGCGGUGUGUCGCUGCGCACCGCGGAGUUCCCGGAGGCGUUCAGGGACAGCACCGCGCCGGUGUACGGGCAGCUCGUCGAGACAGGCCGGCUGUACCGCGGCGCCGCCGGCUUCCUAGCGAACAGUUUCUACGAGCUGGAGCCGGCCGCCGUGGAGGAUUCCAAGAAGGCGGCGGAGAAAGGGACGUUCCCGCCGGCUUACCCGGUGGGCCCGUUCGUCCGGUCGAGCUCCGACGAGGCCGGCGAGUCGGCGUGCUUGGAGUGGCUGGAUCUCCAGCCGGCAGGGUCGGUGGUGUUCGUCUCCUUCGGGAGCUUCGGCGUGCUGUCCGUGGAGCAGACGCGCGAGCUCGCCGCCGGGCUGGAGAUGAGCGGCCACAGGUUCCUCUGGGUCGUGCGCAUGCCAAGCCUCAACGACGCCCACCGGAACGGCGGCCAUGACGAAGACCCACUGGCAUGGGUGCCCGAUGGGUUCUUGGAGAGGACGAGAGGCCGGGGCCUCGCCGUCGCGGCGUGGGCGCCGCAGGUGCGCGUGCUGUCGCACCCGGCGACGGCGGCGUUCGUGUCGCACUGCGGGUGGAACUCGACGCUGGAGAGCGUGGCCACCGGCGUGCCGAUGAUCGCGUGGCCGCUGCACUCGGAGCAGAGGAUGAACGCCGUCGUCCUGGAAGAGUCAGUGGGGAUGGCCCUGCGGCCACGCGCGCGGGAGGAGGACGUCGGCGGCACGGUGGUGAGGCGUGGGGAGAUCGCCGUCGCGGUGAAGGAGGUGAUGGAGGGGGAGAAGGGGCACGGCGUGCGGCGGCGGGCGAGGGAGCUGCAACAGGCGGCCGGUCGGGUGUGGUCGCCGGAAGGGUCGUCGCGGCGGGCUCUGGAGGUGGUUGCCGGCAAGUGGAAGGCGGCGGCGCAGAAGUAAGGAUGCAUGCAGGUAAACUAGCAAACCCACGGGUUACCCACUAUUUGUACCGUAAGUAGUUAUGCGGGUCUGUCUGCUUCAAUCCUUGAAAGGUUUCAGCGUGUAUUUUUUGUGUGGAAACUAUUCAAAACUCUCGAUGGGAUGUCUACUCGUUGUUUA